AUGCAGACAAAGAGAACAAAGAUUGUCGCAACAGUUGGUCCAGCUUCUGACAACUCCACAACACUCGAGCAAUUAGCCCUCGCUGGUGUUAAUGUUUUCAGAUUAAACUUCUCCCAUGGUUCACACGAGUAUCAUAAGGAAACAUUAGACAAGAUCAGAGAAGUCGAAAAGAAAGUUGGAUUCAAGAUCGGUGUCUUACAAGAUAUCUGCGGUCCAAAGAUUCGCGUCGGAAAAUUAGAACAACCAUUCGACCUCAAGACAGGUGACAAAGUUACAGUCGUUAGAGAUGAAAUCGUUGGCAAGCAAACAGGCGAACAUUCCUACGAAUUGUCAAUCAAUCAUCCUUCAAUUUGCGAUAUCAUGAAGGUCGGCGAAUACAUCUACCUCUACGAUGGUAUGAUCAGAGCCCGUGUUACAGCUGUCUCUUCCGAGAAGAUCGAAACAGAGAUCGAGAACGAUGGUACACUUGCUUCCAACAAGGGUGUCAACUUCCCGAACACAAAGCUCGGCAUCGAUGUCAUCACACCAAAGGAUAAGAAUGAUCUCGAAUGGGGUGCCAAGAACGAUGUUGAUUUCGUUGCUGUUUCCUUCGUCCAGACAGCUUCUGAUAUCAAGAACGCCAAGAAGCUCAUCGCUGAAUACGGUGGCCACGCAAAGGUCUACGCCAAGAUCGAGAAGUUCGAUGCUAUCGAGAACAUCGAUGAUAUCAUUGCUGCUUCUGAUGGUAUCAUGGUUGCUCGUGGUGAUCUCGGUAUCGAAAUCCCAUUCUACAAGGUUCCACAAUGCCAGAAGCUCAUCAUCAAGAAGGCAAACGAAGCAAGCAAGCCAGUUAUCACAGCUACACAAAUGAUGCUUUCCAUGGCUAAGAACGAGUCCGCUACACGUGCUGAAAUCAGUGAUGUCGCAAACGCCGUUCUUGAUGGCACAGAUGCUGUUAUGCUUUCUGAAGAAUCAGCUGUCGGUAUCCACCCAGUUAACGUUGUCCAGGCCAUGGCUGAAACAAUCAGAGAAACUGAGAAGAUCUAUCCAUUCGGAAAGUACGAUUGCUUCAAGUUCGAAGACGAGACUGAUAUGGUCGCUUCAUCAACAGCAAGACUCGCUACAAAUGUUGGUGUUUCUGCAAUCAUUUCUCUCACAUCUUCCGGACAAUCCGCAGUUAAGAUGGCCAGAAACCGUCCAGAAUGCUACAUCUACGCCGUCUGCCACAGUGAGAAGGUUGCUCGUUCCCUCACAAUGGUUUGGGGUGUUUACCCAGUUCUUAUCAUUGCCCCAUCUCAGCUUGCUACAAUGCUCGCUAACACAGUCAAGUGCUUGACUCUUGAUGGCGUCAUUGAUAACAAGAACACCUACGUUAUGACUGCCGGAUACCCAUCUGGUGUUGUUGGCAGUACUAACUAUAUCAGAAUUAUCCGCAAGGCCCAGAUCGAUUACUACCUUAGUGUAGCCGUCUAA